AUGAAAUUCGACGGCAUACUCACAGAAAUUAAUGGAUUUGGAAAAUUCCAAAUGAGGCUGGUGUUGAUUCAGGUCUUGUCUCGAAUGACUCUGCCAUGUCACUUUCUGCUGAAUAACUUCAUGGCGGCCAUUCCCAAACACUACUGCGACAUCAGUGCGCUGGAAGAAUUACACGGCUUUGGGAAUUUAACUCUAGAUCAGAAACUAGCCGUCAGUCUCCCAGCAGAGCAGGAUGGGACUCUCAGCUCCUGCCGGGCAUUCUCAAGCCCUCAGUACCAGUAUCUGUCAGGCUCGAACGGCAGCGAGGGGACGUCCACCGUUGAGUGUCAGAACGGAUGGGUGUUCGACAACAGCACGUUCAAAUCUACUUUGGCAACAGAGUGGGAUCUGGUGUGUAGCAAAAAGGGAUUGAACAAGGCCACUGCCACCAUUUUCUUUGUUGGUGUAAUGUUGGGAGCCCCUCUGUUUGGAUUCCUCAGUGACAGGUUUGGGCGACGGCGGAUUUUGCUGGUUUCGUAUCUGACAUCCUUGACGUUUGCGGUGCUGAGCGCGUUCUCCACAUCCUAUGUGAUGUUCUCUGUCAUGAGGUUCUUUACGGGGAUGGCACUUGCAGGAAUCAGCAUCAUAUCGAUUGCUUUAAAUGUUGAGUGGUGUGGGAUUCAAAACAGGACAUUUUCUGGGGUGAUCAUCAGUCUGGACUGGACUCUUGGGAGCUUGUUCCUUGUUGGAAUUGCAUACUGCGUGAACGAGUGGAGGAUGCUCAUUUUGGCAGUAACUUCACCCUUGCUUCUGUCUGUCGCCACUUGGAGGUGGCUUCCAGAGUCGGCCCGGUGGCUCAUGGCAAAAGGGAGGGCAGACGAGGCUCAUUAUUACUUAAUCAAAUGUGCCGAGGUCAACAACAGGACUAAGAGUAUGGCCUCCAUCACACCAAGGACACUGCUGGAAUCUGCUGAGACUGAAACUACAGAGAAGAAGUACACUUUUGUAGAUCUGUUCAAAACACCAAAUAUGAGAAAACUGGCAAUAUACUCAGGAAUAGUGUGGUAUGGUGUUGCAUUCACAUAUUAUGGGAUAACCCUGAAUAUCAGUGACUUAGGGGUGAACCCAUACCUGACACAAUUUAUAUUCGCCUCCACUGAAAUACCAAUGAAGACUGGUGUGUAUUUCUUCCUGGAGAAAAUUGGGAGAAGGAUUGGUGAAAUGGGAUCAUUGCUGUCGACUGGUGUUUGUCUCUUUAUCAACAUUUUUCUCUCAAAAGACAGGUGGGUCAUCCGGACUGUUGUGGCCGUUGUUGGAAAAUCCAUGUCUGAAGCCUCAUUCACAAUCAUCUUCCUCUACACCACUGAAUUCUACCCUACAGUCGUACGGCAGAAUGGUUUGGGCUACACGUCAUUCAUAGCGCGGCUGGGCGUCUCCAUCUCCCCUCUCAUCAUGCUGCUGGAGGACGUGUGGCAUCUCCUGCCACCCAUCACUUAUUGCGCGGUGGCUAUUGUGGCCGGUUCGGUGGCAUCACUCCUGCCUGAAACACUAAACACCAGACUGCCAGAGUUCAUCGAGGAUAUUGAGAAUCCAAGGUAG